AUGGAAUUUAUGUUGCUUUUUAUUAAGAGGUGUCAGGGAAAGCCUCAACUGCAAAAAUGGUAUAUCCCAGUAUUGGACAAAGAGAAGGAAAAGAUGACAGAACUUGUUCAAACCACUUUAGCACAUAAACCUAAAAUGUAUAGAUGUUUGAAGAUUGUUUACAAAAGAUAUGCCAAUCUGUAUUUUUGCUAUGCUAUUGAGAAUCAGGGCAAUGAACUAACUACCCUGGAAACAAUUCAUCAUUACAUGGAAUUACUUGACAAGUAUUUUGAAAGUGUGUGUGAACUUGAUAUCAUCUUUAAUUUUGGAAAGGUUUAUUUUAUUUUGGAUGAAUUUCUUUUGGGAGGGGAAGUUCAGCAAACAUCCAAGAAAAAUGUCUUUAAGGCAAUUGCACAGGCUGAUCUACUGCAGGAGGAAGCUUAAACCCCAUACAGAGUUCUCGAAAAAAUUGGACUUGCAUAACCCUCCUCCUUGUUGAUGACUUCUUGUGACAUUUCACACACUUAGAUGACCACUGUCUUCACAUCCAUG